CUAAUUGUACAUUUGGACACCUUUACCUAGGUAGCGGGCGAGUUAGCAAUCAGUCUAGCCGUGGCUGUAUGGUCAUUAAUACAUGGUACUCUUCCGCCUCAGCAACUUUAACGUUGAUUAUUCCCCAAAUCAUAUCAAAUGGAUCGCUGGCACAAUAAGGUCGCCGUGGUAACAGGAGCGAGUUCAGGCAUUGGACAGGCAGUCGCUGAGGAUUUAGUUAAAAAUGGAUUCAUAGUGGUAGCCUUGGCCCGACGUACAGACCGACUUCUCGAGAAUAAACUGGCUCUCCAGGAUACCCUUAGAUCGCGCUACCAUACUGUGAAAUGCAAUGUUGUAAAUGAAGAAGAAGUGAAACGCACCUUUGAGUGGAUCGAAAAGACCCUGGGGGGCACAGAUGUUCUGAUUAACAAUGCUGGAGUGGCCCGUGUUGGUCCAAGUUUGUGUGGUCUUGAGAGUACCCAACCUGUUCGGGAUACAUUGGAGACUAAUGUGAUGGGUGUUUUCUACUGUGUUCGGGAGGCGUUCAACUCCAUGAAAAAGCGGAAUUUUGAUGGUCAUAUUGUGAUUGUGAAUAGUGUUGCCGGCCACAAGAUUCCGAUGAUGGCUGGAACUUCAUCCAAUGCAUAUUGUGCCUCGAAGUAUGCAGUGACUGCUAUGGUUGAAACCUAUCGCCAGGAGUUUGCCAAUACUGGAACUAAAGUGAAAGUGACGAGUAUCAGCCCAGGAGUAGUUGACACAGAAAUACUUACGCACAAAGAAGCAAUGAAAAAUGCUGGUGUUCCUUUUUUGAAUCCCGAAGAUAUCUCUAACGCUAUUUUAUAUGUUUUGGGCACACCUCCGCAUGUUCAAGUGCAUGAAUUGAUGAUAAAGCCUGUCGGAGAGAUGUUUUAAUAAGUCUUCGUUUGUGAAUAUUUUGUGCCUUCAAAAUGAAUGUUAUGUAAUUUGUAAUGUCAGAUGAAACACACAACCCUUUGUCGGAAAUCGAUCAACAUGGAAGGCGAAUCGACCGCAUGCAUCCAAUUCCAGUAGUAUUUUUAAAAAAUCCAGUAGAGACUUUGUAAUUAAUAUGGAGGUUGAAUUCACUUCGUACUCUCCAGUACAGUGUUUUGGUCAAAUAUAAUCAGAUGAGGAUAAGUGCUCAAAUAGAAAUUCUUGAUAAAUGGAUUUUGAA